AUGCGGUGCCCCGGACCGCCAUGCAAUCUGGGUCCUCACUGCUGGCGCGAUCCCUUCGGUAAGAAGCACUACAGGCUACGGACCCACCAUCUCAAGACCCUGAUCGGGCUUGUUCAGCAGGGCUACGUCUUGGACAGCCACGACGCUGUGCCUGACGAGGUCCGCAGCCAGCUGUACGCCGAGGAACAGCAGCGGCACGAGCGACGGUCUACGGCCGCCAGCGCAGCCACGCCAGGCUUCCCACCCAUCACCAUCACAAAUGUGAUGCCGUCUCCAUCUAACAGGUCCCCGUCGACGCCAUUGACAAGCGAUACCCCAAUCUCUGGGAAGCUUCACUCAGAUCGCGCCAGCGUCAACAUACCUGGGCCUCGUGAUGUGGCUGUUGUGGCCUACAGCGAGUGGCAGCGGUCGAACGUUGUUAACGAGGCGCAGAAGGUCGAAUAUACAAAAGCCUGUGAUGCUACCUUGCAGGAAAUGCUCGAUCUGGAGCAAGUGUAUGAGGACCAGGAUACUGAUUUCUACAUCCAGCAAGGUGUGAAGAUGGGCGUAGCACGUCGUUUUAUAAGUGACAUUCCAAGAUGGGCUGAGCUGUAUAGAAUAGCGUACAAUGAGCGCGGGGAGCACUAG